CAGCUGGUGAAAUACGAUAUCAUUCCACGACAACACAGUACCGAAGUUGGAAGAAAAGUUUCGGAGGCGAUGUCGGAGUAAGAAGUCGAGAGGUUUGAGACAAUGCGGACGAGGACAAUUCGAAUUCCUUCGUGAUGAGACGCAAGAACCGGCUGUUGGGCGUGGUUCUAUGGCUGUGUGCCACGGUGGGGGUGAUGUACUUAUACCGGGGAGUCAUCAUCCGCUGGCUCAAGGGGUCGGACAAUUACUUCGACCCAAAGUCACUGAGCUACAAAAACUACAUCGGCACCAUCGACGUAGAAGACCUAAAGAUGCCACUACACAAACAUGCCUUCAACAUCGUAACGAGUAACAGCAUCCCCCCUGACCGGAACCUCCCGGAUGUGAGAUACACUCAAUGUAAAAUGAUUGACUACUCCUUCAAAAAAUUACCAAAGACCAGCAUCAUCAUCACCUUCCACAACGAGGCAAGGUCAACCUUGCUGAGGACAGUCAUCAGUGUGUUGAUACGGACGCCGCUGUACCUGAUAGAGGACAUCAUACUUGUGGACGACUUUAGUAACGAUCCCGAUGAUGGACAGCUCCUCUCUGUGAUACCAAAGGUCAAACUGAUCCGUAACGCCAAGCGAGAAGGUUUGAUCCGGUCUCGAGUGCUCGGUGCAGACAUGGCAAAAGGUCCAAUCCUGACAUUCCUGGAUUCCCACUGUGAGAUGAACAAGGAAUGGCUGCAGCCCCUGCUACAGAGACUGGUGGACGCCCCGUACAGUGUAGUUAGUCCGGUGAUAGACGUGAUCGACACCGAGAGCUUCCAGUACAAGGCUGUACCCGACAUCCUCAGGGGAGGCUUUGACUGGAGCAUGCACUUCACGUGGGAGGACCAGCCCUUGUCAACAGUGGGGAAAAAGGAGACUGACCCGGUGAAGACCCCCAUCAUUGCCGGAGGUAUCUUCAGUGUCAGGAAGCAGUGGUUCACCAGUCUCGGCAAGUACGACACCAAGAUGGACAUCUGGGGCGGAGAGAACUUCGAGUUGUCAUUUCGUGUGUGGAUGUGUGGAGGACAGCUUGAGAUAAUCCCCUGCAGUCGAGUCGGACAUGUAUUCCGCAAACGUCAUCCGUACUCCUUCCCCCAGGGAAACUCCAACACGUACAUGAAGAACACAAGGAGGACAGCAGAGGUGUGGAUGGAUGAUUACAAGCGAUUUUACUACGCUGCUCGACCUUCUGCACGCAUGCAGGCCUACGGAGAUGUGCAGGAAAGACGUGCCCUGCGACAGCGUCUCAAGUGUCAGACAUUCCGAUGGUACCUAGAAAACGUGUACCCGGAACUAAAGUUGCCAGUGAACGAUGAGUUUGCCUAUGGCCAGAUUUACCAGGACAACCAGUGUCUGGACAUCGUCCCUGGCCAACUCCCAGUCCUAAUCAAGCUCCGUCCGUGUGUAGAAUCAAAAGACUCGCAGGAGUGGUCAUGGCGUAGGAAGGGGGUCAUCGUCAGUAACGGCAUGUGUUUGACAGCAGACGUCCAGCAGACACACUCCUACCUUGUCGUCCAGUUCUGUAACUAUGGCGAUAAUCAGCGCUGGUACCGACAGAAGAACCAUAUCAUCCACCAAGCCUCCAGCUUGUGUGUCGACAGUCACAAGUCGGAAACAGGACUGGUUCUGGCUGAGUGCGAGGAUUACCUCUCAUCACAGGAGUGGAAGAUCACAGUGGAAAACCCAGCCAGUCAGGAAAAGGAAUACUUGGAUGACUUAUAACAUAGACAGGAUGCUAUAGGAUGUAUGACCACUGUGUUAGUGUAUGUGGGACAUGUCGUAUGUGGAUUGUGUGGCAACAGCCAGCCCUGGAGUAGGCUGGACACAACUGAUGAUGUGUGUUGGUGCAAGUGAACGGUUUCCUGGAGAGGAGUUCGGGUUAGAGUUGAUCUCCAGGAAACUGUGCUGGUAACUUAUGGAUAGGGUGGUCAGGCUCAAUGACUUGAUUGCUAGUGUGUCAAUAUGCCUUGACAAUGUGGAUCAUUGUUUCUGAUAUCAGUCACUGGAUUGUCUUGUCCAUACUUGAUUAUUAACAGACGGCUGUUACAUAGCUCCCACACACACACACACACACACGCCACGCCACGCCACGCCACGCCACGCCACGCCACGCCACACCACACCACACCACACCAAAACACACCACACCACACCACACCACACCACACAGCAUGGAUCUUGGGGAGAUUUUCAAAAUUGAUGUUUGUAUUUUUUCUCUAAUUUGGGAUAAAACUGCCGACUAUAAAACUGCAUACUAUUAAUAAGGCUGUUGUUCAGAGAGCCACUCAAGGGUGGAUCCAGCAUUUUUAAAAGGGAGGGGCCAAAAAUAUCAAAAUCCUCUCUCAGAUAAUUUUACUGCCUACAACAUACUACAUUUGGUUUUCAAAAGAGGGGAGUCUGGACCCCCCUCUGGACCCCCCUCUGGAUCCGCAGAUGGCCACUAGUCCGUGAUUAGGAGAGACAUCUCGUUUUCUCAGUGUUCAGUCUGUAUUCAGCUGUGAUCCCAGCUUGAUUUAACUCCUGGGGUCUCCCCUUGGUUAUGUGAGUGGUGUUCCUGAAGCGCCCCUAUCUACAGUACCAGAGUGUAUGUGACAGCUUGCAGCUGAGGAUUAAGGAACAAGUCUGUAGCAUUCCCUCGACACGAUGCCCUGUUACUGUGUAUGCAGCAUACAGAUGGGAGAGUAAUAACAACAACAUUGUUGACAGGUUGGUGUGUGAUAAAACUGUUUUAUCACCUACUUGCGGGCAGAUGUUGUCCCAGACGUGUCAUGGAGUUUAGGUGACCGUGAUCCUCAAACAGACAUGAAAUGUACUGUUAUGUCGACAUAUUGUUGCGUAAUUAUUGUCAGUGUUCUCUUUAUAAAAAAAAUGUGAAGAAAUUUUAAAUAAUAUUUUUAUUUAUUUUAAGACUUAUUUUAUAAAUAAUUUUAAGCAACACACAAUUGCCUUUUUUAACUGAAUAUCAUGUAUUUUAUACAUGGGCAAAAAUAGUUUUCUUUUAACAUUGUUCAGCAUUGGAUACAUUUUAUUCAAGUUUUGUGAAAUUUUUACGUGGUGUAUAUGUUGCCUUAUAUCCCCGAGAACAAAGACACACUGUUAGUGUAGUGAAGUGCCAAAACUAUCUUGUAGUAUUCAAGUGUAUAGCAGGGUCUGACUUUGCACUUGUCAUGGUGAGAUUAUGUAUGAAAAGGGCAAGGUCUUAAAAUCAAAUUAUUUUUUAGAUUUUAGCAUGCAUGACUAAAUACAUACAUGUUUGUUUGUUCUGUGUCACAGUGUGGACAUUAAGCUAUUUGUUAUUGUUGUUUAAUGGUCAGAGUAUGAGCGGAAGAAAUCAAGUUUUUGUGACUUUUCAGCGCUGCUUUUGAAGAAACACGGAGAUGAAGCCUCUGUGUAUUGUUUCUAUACGAAUUGUUCUUUGAAUGUGACUUUUUAUUGUGAUAUUGUUCAGUUCUGCCUAUGUUUGGUGUAAUUACCUAUGAAUUGUUUGAUAGGCAUUACUUAGAAUUUAACGGAUGACAAAGUAGACACAAUUUAUGGAUAACAAUAAAGGCGACAUACGGUAAAGAUGCUUAUACUGAUGUCAAGCAAGACUGUCUUGCUUGACAACGGUAUCAGGAUCUAUACCGAAAAAACAUCGCCUUUAUUGUUAUCCAUAAAUUGUGACUACUUUGUAAUUACCUACGUUUGAUUUAGUUACCUAUGUUUGGUGUAAUUACCUACGUUUGGUGUAAUUACCGUAAUUAGGUACCUAUGUUUGGUGUAAUUACCUACAUUAGGAGUAAUUACCUACCUUUGGUGUAAGUACCUAUGUUUGGUGUAAUUACCUAUGUUUUGUCUCAUAACCUACGUUUGGUGUAAUUAACUACGUUUGGUGUAAUUACCUACGUUUGGUGUAAUUACCUACAUUUGGUGUAAUUACCUACAGUUGGUGUAAUUACCUACAGUUGGUGUAAUACCUACAUUUGUCUCAUUACCUACGUUUGGUGUAAUUACCUAUGUUAGGAGUAAUUACCUACAUUUGGUGUAAUUUCCUAUGUUUUGUCUCAUUACCUACGUUUGGUGUUAUUACCUACGUUUGGGGUAAUUACCUAUGUUUGGUGUAAUUACCUACGUUUGGGGUAAUUACCUAUGUUGGUGUAAUUACCUGUUUUGUCUUAUUACCUUUGUUCGGUGUAAUUACCUAUGUUUUGUCUCAUUAAGUAUGUUCAUUGAUUAUACGGAAGACGUAUGUGCAUGUUGGAUGUACUGUACUCCUUGUAUUAGCCCCCAACCAACUUCUAAAACAAUCAGACAGCAAUCUGUGUGGUGCACACCUGACUACGACUGAACAUUUACACAAUAAUCUGUAUUUUCUUGUGAAUAUUUUCAUGGGUCUGACACACGAGAUGAUUGGAAGAACAGAAGAAUUGCAAGACCCACAAGUACUUAAAAUUUAAGAAAAUAUUUUACAUAAAGUUGAAAACAUUAAUCUGAAUGUUUUGUACGUACACUAUGAGAAAGGUUAUUUAUAUGUUUGUCUUUCAAAUGGCUUUACCUAUUGUGAAUGUAACUGAUAAAAUAAACAUGCAAGUCUUGUGCACAGAUUGUCUCCCUUUGACCAUGAGUAGUACAAUGGCAGUUGCCCCAGUACCAUAUGUGAAGGAGUUCCAUGUGUAAUUUCAACUUGUAAUAUAACAAACAAUGCAAGUGCUGUCUCACUUUGUUCAUCUAGUCAAAUUGUAGGUUGGGUUUUAGAAAUGUCAUGUAUAGCUGUAUACAUAUUUUUGUCACAAAUGUUCAGUAAUAUAGUUAUCUUUAUUUUAUCGUCUACCGAGGCCAUAUUCAAGUAUCUUUCUUACACUAUGGCCGCCAUGGGGGCUCUGGUUUUGAAUUUGUCCCCUGCAACCCAUGCUUGGCAUAAGAGACAACUUGACAUGACUGAUAUCAUGUCUUCUUACAAUCAUUGCUCAUAAUAUCAAUCACUGGUGUUGUCUGGUCCAGACUCAAUUAUUUACAGUCUGCCGUCAUAUAGCUGGAACAUUACUGACUGGCGCAUUAAGCAAACAAAUCUGACACACAUCAUUUCCAUACUACACAGUGCCGCCACAACAGAAAUUGGCCAUUCAGAGUUGUGUCCCUUUGCUGGGCCAGGAUCUGUUGGCAGGGGUUCCUGACUUGAUCCAUGGUUGGUCAGCAUUAUUUUCAGCUUUCCCUAUAUCACAUACAUGGUAUGCCUGAAUGUUACAGGUUGGUUGUCGCCUGAUAUUACAUUCACGACACACUUGAAGUAAGGUUGCGAACAUUUUUGUUUUUUUCUGUUAUGGCCUAAUCGAAAAAUACCAACUCUGAUAGUGUCUUAUUCUAUAGAUUGACAAGAUGUCCAAAUUUGAUGUUUUUCCAUAUUAACCUAGAAAAUGAUACAAGCAGGAAAUAAAGCAUGGUCUGCCCUUCUUUCCAACCUGUGUUGCACAAUCUGUAAUGUAUCCAUCUGUUCACAACCUUGUUAAAACAAACAAACAUGGGAAGCAGUUUCAUUAAUUUUAAUUUUACAGUCAUUGUUACUGAUAAAGAUGAAAUAAACUUGUACAACAUGUU